AUGGCGAAAGGAUCCUCAGAUAACUUGGCUACACUUCCCGAGCCUGGAAAGCGCAAUGUUCUUAUUACCAGUGCUCUUCCAUACGUGAAUAACGUGCCGCACCUUGGGAAUAUCAUCGGGUCUGUGCUGUCUGCUGAUGUUUUCGCAAGAUUUUGUCGAGGACGCGGCAUCCCCACGCUGUAUAUUGGUGGGACUGAUGAAUAUGGUACGACAACGGAGGCCAAGGCUCUAAUCGAGAAAUGUACACCACGAGAGCUGUGUGAUAAGUACCACGCGAUUCACGCAGAGAUAUAUCAGUGGUUCGACAUCAGCUUCGAUAUCUUUGGCCGGACGACGACUCAGCUUCAGACAGAUAUUACUCAAGAUAUCUUCCGCAAGCUGUACAACAAUGGGUUCUUAAAGGAGCGGAUGACAACUCAACUCUACUGCCAGGAGCACCAGUCAUUCCUGGCGGAUCGCUUUGUUGAAGGAGAAUGUCCAACUUGCAGUUAUACUGAUGCUCGAGGCGACCAAUGUGACAUGUGUGGCCAACUUCUAGAACCUCUUCAACUGAAGAAUCCCCGUUGCAAAAUCGACGGCUUCGCACCAAUAACAAAAGAUACCAAACAUAUUUUUUUGGAAUUAGACAAGUUACAACCUGAAGUUGAGGAUUACUUUCGAAAGGCUUCCACAAAUGGUGCUUGGCCGAACAAUGGGAAGUCUAUCACAUUAGCGUGGUUGAAGGAAGGCCUUCAACCGCGCAGCAUAACGCGGGAUAUGAAGUGGGGAACACAGGUCCCGUUACCAGGUUACGAGGACAAAGUCAUAUAUUCAUGGUUUGACGCCUGCAUAGGUUAUGUUUCUAUUACUGCGAAAUAUACUGAUCAGUGGGAGAAAUGGUGGCGGAACCCUGAAGACGUGCAGCUAUAUCAGUUCAUUGGGAAAGACAAUGUUGUUUUCCAUUCCGUUAUCUUCCCUGCCACUCAGGUCGGUACUAGAGGCCCGUGGACAAAAGUCCACCACCUGUCCACAACAGACUAUCUCACCUAUGAAGGUGGAAAGUUUUCCAAGUCUCGCGGCAUUGGUGUUUUUGGGGAUUCUGCUCAACAGACGGGAGUUUCUGCAGAUGUCUGGCGCUAUUACUUACUUUCCCGUCGACCAGAGACUGGAGACACUGAGUUUUCUUGGGACUCAUUUAUUAGCGCCAACAACAGCAUUCUCCUAAACAAUCUAGGGAAUUUCGCCAGCCGCGUUCUAAAAUUUGUGAACUCGCGGUUUUACAACAAUAUAGUGCCUGACUGGACUAAGUACCAUGAGCCUUCGUUCGAAAUUUGGAAGGAGGAAAUUAACCGCCUCCUUACAAAGUAUGUUGAGGAACUCGACGCUGUCAAACUUCGCGCCGGCUUAGCCACCGCUCUUCACAUAUCUCAGCAGGGUAAUUUAUUCCUCCAGACUAACAAGCUCGAUGGCAAACUCCAUGAAAGCGAACCAGCAAAAUGUGCCGCUGUGAUCGGCCUAACUGUCAAUCUAAUCCACCUUCUCGCCUCCGUUAUCGCUCCGUAUAUGCCAGCAACCUCUAAGUCUAUAUGCACGCAACUUCGCGUGGAGCCACUUGCAAUCCCAGAUCACUGGAGCGCGGAUUCCAUCAAACCUAGCCAUGAAAUUGGAAAACCUGAACACUUGUUCCGUCGCAUUCAGCCGGAGAAGGCACAAACCUGGCGCAAAAUGUUUGGUAGCGAAGAAGUAUAUAAGGUAAAAGAAGAACAAGCCGCAACAAAGGCCAAAAAAUCUACAGCUUCGAAAGCCGAAUAG